UAUUUGAAUUUCUAUUUUAUUAUUAUUUAAUAAAAAAAAUACUCGUUUUUAUAAAUGGUCGUGAAUAACUAAGUAAAUAAUACUGUUUAAGAUAAUUUCCUAUUAAGGAUAAGGAGUAUGGUUUGAGUCACUUUGCAUUGGAACCGGCGCAUGCGCAGACGUCCGACAGUUGUUGACAUUAUGAAGUAUUUUAUUUUAUUUUUUGUUGUGCUUGGACUCGUUCGCGGAAAUGAGGAAGACUUUAAAAUAAUUGAUGCAAUAGAACAAGAACGGCCGUGUGUGGAAAAGGGUGGUAUUUGCACGGUAGCGGCUGACUGUCCGAAGGGUCACCUCGCUGAGAAACAGGGGCUCUGUCCGAAUCAGCGCAAACAGGGCAUCGAUUGCUGCCAUGGAAUAUCAAUGAAAGAGACCCGUUGCCUCAAACAUGGUGGAGUUUGUAUGAAACAGGAAACGUUUUGUAAUCCAAGUCUUAUCUUUGAUGAAGCUACUGAUUGUCCAGACAAUCAAAAGUGCUGCCUCAUGGUGUUGUAGAAUUCUAUGAUUAUAUUAAACUAAAUG